AUGGCGGACGUCUCAACCUCAUCCCCCAUUCCCUACGAAACUGUCGCAUCCACUCUCGGAAUAUGGGUCAUUUCGUUCUUUCUUGCUACGAUACUAUAUGGGAUGGGUGUCUUGCAAGCUUGGCUUUACUUCCACUGGUAUCCGCAAGACGGAUGGAAAUUGAAGUCGCUGGUGUUAACGGUUCUCAUUCUGGAAACCGUCCAAGUCACAACCUUCUUCGCGGCUACUUACAACGUCAUAAUCAAGCAUUUUGGAGAUUGGGCAGCUGUCUUGGCUAUCACUUGGUUGCACUCCACUCAACUACUCGCUGGUUAUCUAUCGGCCUUUGUAGUUCAAAUGUAUUUUGCGUGCACGAUAUAUCUAUUGAAUGGCCCCGGACUGCAGCGCUGGGUUUUCACUAUUCCAAUCGUGCUUUCAGCUGUGGUAGAAUUGGCAAUGACGUUAGGGCAGGCUAUUGAAAUUACCUUUCUUUCGUCUUUCACACAGAUAGAAAAAACCACGUGGAUUUACUCGCUUCUCAGUGCAUGCACCUUUUCUUGCGACGUGCUUAUUGCUUUCGCAAUAUACGUCACGUUAACGGGAAAGAGGACUGCCAUUCAAGAAAUUGCUGGCGUUCAAUACUUCCCCUCUCGCUCAAACACCAUUAUCCGCAAGCUCAUAAUCUACGCUAUCAAUCGUGGUGUCCUGACGGCGAUCGCUGCUGCAGUUAAUCUGAUUCUAUUUCUCGCUAUGCCAAAUACUUUCUAUUACUUCAUCGGGCUAUUGACAAGCAGUAAACUUCCACGCCCAGUGUACAUGAAUACUCUGAGGACGACGCGGCGCAUUGCUGGAACUCCAUUCCGGUCCAAGUCCUACGCUCCGAAACUCGUAGAAGCCGAGCGGCGGCUAGCUCAAUAG